UGCCUCUCCCAGCCAGUCAGUAGUCCAGUCACUUGUGGUGCGCGAGUUGCAGUGCCUCUCUCCCUUAACACAUUAUUUUUUCACAAUGUCUUGGCAAAAUUACGUUGACCAGCAGCUUAUGGGCUCUGGACUUGUUUCGAAGGCAAUAAUCGCUGGUCACGAUGGCACACUAUGGGCCAAAAGUAAUAAUAUUGAGCCGACACGAGAUGAGCUAAUGAAGCUGUCUAGCAGUUUUGCAGAUCAAAGCAAUCUUGCAAUGAAGGUGUUGUUAUAGGUGGUGAAAAAGUUCUUCUACCUCUCGGGCACUGACAAGGUAAUCCGAUGCAAGAAAGGAAAGGCCGGAAUGCACUCAAUGAAGACGUUGCAAGCAGUGUUGGUAGCGGUGUUUGAAGAGCCCAUUCAACAUCCUCAGGUGGCAUCUAUUGUAGAGUCACUAGGGGAUUACUUAAUUUCCUUGUCUUACUGAGUGACUGUGGAUCAUCUAAAUAUCGCCAUUUCUUCACUUGGAAAUUCAUGGCAGUGGAUGACAUGUGAUAUACCAGUGUUGACCAGUGGAAUUAUGACUGUGACAUGAACCAGACAUGUUCCAUCUUAAUAAACUCUGCUACUCUGAACAAAUGCAAACAGAAAGAGAAAAGUGUGUAAGCCCUUGGAUUUUGGAUAACAGCUACUGUUUGGGAGAGGCUUGCCUGUGUCACCCGUGUUGAUGUAUGUUUGUGUAUUUCAGACUUUGGCAAGGGCUCUAUGAAGUGGAUAUACUUUAAAGUUUAAACACUUUUGUAUAAUAAAUUUUUUCCAUGAACAUAUUGAAGCUUUCUUGUGAAUUAACUUGCACUCUUUAUAAGUGAUGAUUUUUCAGCUAAUAGUGAAGUGGCUAGCCUGUGUAACUGCAAGCCUUUAGUGGUGGGGAAGGGGUUGACUCAAGUUCUCAUCCUUGUGACUCCUUUUUUUUAUACCCUUUAAAAGCUCUCCCAUUACAACCUUCCUCCUGAACCGCAUCUCAUUCUUGAUCUUCUCGAUUCCUCCCACACUCAAACACCUGAGUGUCUAGUCUCUGCUAGCCACUGAUUCUUGUUUUAUCUAGUUUAUUUAAUUUGUUCCUUAAAGUUUUCCACUGUAAACUGGAAACUAAUUUAUGGGACAUGCAUUCCUUAUUUCAACUGGUAUCUUGUGUUGAUAUCCAACGAACUAUAUUUUCUAGUAAGAAAAACUACUCUAGCCUGUUACUGAUUAUUGGGUCCUAUUAUCUAUUGCUGUGCAUUUGCUCAGUUUAAGUUUUGUUAAUGCCAUUUUUUCAUUUGGGGUUGGGGGGUAAUUGAUUUAACUCCCAAAGAUUUUGAGGGAGACAUUUCUAACUUUUUUUGAAGUUUUGUGGGGGGUGGGGGGGGAGUUAGUCAUCAAUUCACGAAGGUUGGCAAUUAUGAACUAGAGGUAAGAAGUUCAAUGUGGUCAUAUUCAUGUUCAAAAUACAUCUAGUUCAGAAUUGCUGGUUGUCAUUUUUUAACUUUAAGGUUCCAGUGCAGCAUUGGCCUUACAAGGUCACUGUUGUGGUUAUCAGAGGCACAAAAUUGGCCCAUGUGCCCAGGCUUGGUGUUCUGCUGUGCUGGUAGUCGUACUGCUGGCGCUCAGUAUUGUACAGCUUCCAUUGCCCCCCAAUAAACACUACUUAAUA